AAGAUAAAUGAUAUAUAUAUAGACAAAAGAAGAACGUAUUGAAAUCAUUCUCAUGGUUGGAUCAGGACGCUGUCACAAGGUUGCACUGGACAUUUAAUAAUGAACAAAUAACGAACACCAGACAUGUUACUACGAGUUCAUCAUAAGUGAGAGAGACGACGCUGGGUGUUUUUACAAAGACAUGACAAUCAUGUAGAAGUUUUUUUGUAAAUAAAUUUACAUUUCCCCAAACCAUGUUCAUUUCCUCUAUGUAUGGAGACUUUUGAGACACCCUGUGGAGGAACGACAAUAAAAGCCCACUUGACUUUAAACUUUAAACUAAACUGCGUUGUGCUUUUUCUUUCAGUUUUGUAUUGUGCACGUGUAUGCAAACGCUUGCUCUGAGCUGCACAGACUACAUAAGAUGACUUUUGAAAGGACGUACUGAUAUCGUGAUACUUUUCUUUGGUAUUGCCUGGUAUCGGAUGGAAGAGGAACUUAGUGGCAUCGCGCGGUCCUGCUGAGUGCUGAGGGGCCUGAGAAAGGAGGAGUCAGUCCACUUCCUCUCUGUGAGCGGCUGCGGGUUUGCAUGUCAUGCAGUCCCUCUGAAGGAAUGCUCGGUAUUUCAGGGCAGUGAAGUCGAUUUUCUGACGAGCCUCGUGCGUGCUGUGAUGAAGAGCCAGUGAACCGGAGCACGGAGCUGCCCGCCGGUGAUGAUGAGUCGCGCGCUAAGUCGGCGGAGCGGAAGUUGUUCAGGGAGCGCGCGCGGUGUUUUUUGCUUAGCGGCCCGUUAACGGCGCAGACACCGUCAUGGGCCAAACAUCAGUGUCCAGCCUGUCUCACGCACCCACCGUGGAAGGACUGGAAAAAGCUUCUCUGGCCAACUGUGAUGUGGUAGUCGGAGGUUCCCAGUCCUCUCAGCUGAAAGGGAAGGGGAAACUGUCCUCUCUAGGCAAAAUCUUCAAACCCUGGAAGUGGCGGAAGAAAAGAACCAGCGAUAAGUUCCAGGACCUCUCUAAAGUUUUAGAGAGGAAAAUUUCCACCAGACAAACCCGUGAGGAACUCAUCAGGAAGGGGGUUCUUAUAGCAGACCAAGAGGAUGCAGUGAACACAGAGACUCUAAAUGGACAUGCAGUUCCCAGUGGAGUUAAAGAAGAGGUCAAAGUGGACAUUGAGUCCCCAGAAACUCCCGCUGAGGAGAAGACUGUGAUUACGCCAGAGGCUGAUGACACAGAAGAGUGCUCUGGUCCUGUCUCUGCUCCUGUAAAAAAGAAAGAAAACACAUGCAGCCCACAGGCCAGCGCGUCUGGAGCUCAGAGACCCGCUGCUAAAAAACAACCGGCCGCAUCCAGCAAGGCCUCGAGCGGGGCGGCAGGCGCAGGGGUGAGGAAGGAUGCCAAGACAGUGGUUAAAAAGGUACAGAAGGGCGCGAAUAAACAGGCUUCCGCUCCUCCACCCAAUCAAAAUACACGAAGCACAGCUCGUGGGAACGCUAAAUCCAGCACUCCUAAGAAAACGGCUGGUUCGUCUAAGAGUUCCUCUCAGGCCUCUUCAACAACCAGUGUGAAGAACGUCAAAGAUGGCACCUCUGAACUCACUCCAGCAGAGAGCAAGCAUGGAAAGAAAGCCAGAUCACCUCAGCCCCGUCCCAAAGCCUCGAUUGGGUCUGAAAACCCAGCUGAGGGCAACUCUUCCACUAAAGACCAAAGACAUAGCCGCCUGGCCUCCGGUGCUGAUGGGAAGUCUGUUAAGGAGAUGUCUCAGGUUGACGAAGGUGCUAAGAAACAGUCGGAAACGUCAGCGCCAGAGAAAAGUCAGCCGCAUGUAAACAAAACCAUAGAAGAGACGGCAUUUACAGAAAGUGCACUUUCCUCAGACACACCGGGAGAGAAUCAGAGCACAGAGAAAGUAACCAAGGACACGAGGACUGGAGCAGAUGGAGACCCACAAACUGAAGGAAGCAGGAAACCACAGGGUGUCAAUGUGGAAAGUCCAGAAGUGACCGUUAUCCCUAAUGCCGUUAGAGAGACGGCGGCUAGUGACUCUGACUCAGACGGACCCAUACUCUAUAAAGACGAGGAAGAGGAGGAUGAAGAGGAUGAGUACACCUCCAGCUCCCUUGCCAGUAAAAUCCGCCGCAGAGACACGCUUGCCAUCAAACUCGGCAACAGGCCCAGCAAGAAAGAGUUGGAAGAGAAGAACAUCCUUCCAAGGACGUCAGAGACGGAGAGACAGGAACUGCGGCAACAGAUUCACUGUAAACUAGUGAGACGACUCAGCCAGAGGCCCACCACUGAAGAGCUGGAGCAGAGGAACAUCCUAAAACAGAAAAAUGAGGAAGAGGAGCAUGAAGCCAAGCAAGAAAUUAAAAGGCGGCUUUCUCGGAAGCUGAGUCUCCGGCCCACAGUCGCUGAGUUAGUAGCACGGAGGAUCUUGCGGUUUAACGAGUAUGUAGAAGUGACUGAGGCGAAAGAUUAUGAUCGGCGUGCUGACAAGCCCUGGACCAGGCUGACACCUGCAGACAAAGCUGCUAUACGUAAAGAACUUAACGAGUUUAAAAGCAAAGAGAUGGAAGUUCAUGAAGAGAGCAAACAAUUUACUAGGUUCCAUCGUCCCUGAGAGGCUGGAAUGGCGCCCACACCAUUUUCUCUCUCUCUCUCUCUCUCUGUCUCUCUCUCCCUCUCCCUCUCUCUGUUCCGGUUCCUUCAGUUCAUUUUCCACUGUGGGGCCAAGAGUCGAGCUCCAUGUCACACGCUGACACAUUCCGGUCAUUGUGUCUCCAAGCAUCAUCUAAUUCUUGGGUGAAAUAGAGGACAGCUGUGAAAUGCCAGCGAGAGAGAUGUCUGUGCAAGAACAAACAUGAACAGGUGUCUUGCUCGGUCACUGGCUUUGUUUGCACACACUAAGGACAAGAUGUUGUGUUUUUUUUUUUUGUUUGUUUGUUUGUUUUUGUUUGUUUUUUUAAAUGAAGGAUUCUCAGUAUGCCUCAGGACAUACAGUGACAUAAACAGUAACUUCUUGACACAUCAUUCUGUACGUCUUUGUGCUGAGGACAUGGCCUUUUUUUUUUUUUUUUUUUUUUUUUUUAAACAUAUGACUGAUUUUAUAACAGUGUUACAGCGUGAAGUCCCAUAUUACUUAUAUUCAUGCAUGUGAAAAAGCAUUUUAAAAAUCAUAGUCAUCCAUUGAACCCAUACCAUUUCUAUAAGAAACAAACAGGAACAGACUUUCAAACAUGAAGUCCUUUAAAGAAUUACAAAUGUUUAUUUGCAUUGUUAUUAUUAUUGUUAUUAUCAUUCUGACUGGUAGCAGCUGUAAUGGAAAUCAGAUUUGCUUUGUGCCUUUUUCUGUUCCAUCCAAUAAGCUGUUUUGGGGUAUCAGCUCCAUUUGAGCAUAUGUGGAGCAGAUCGUCUUUCGUUUUCAUAGCUUUACAGUCUUAUAGUCACCAUCUCCAUCAAUUUACCCUUGGCCAAAACAGGCUGUACAUUAUAAAUGCUGCGUUGACUACAACAGGGCUGAAUCAUCACUCUUUUAUUGCACUUGGACUAUGGGAAAUGCUCAACUAUUCUACAUGCUGGGUUUACACAGAUAGUUCACGUUUUUGCAUAUGCAUUCGAUUUUUAGUGUUCUAUAUGGUUUUCUCCACAAAUGGAGCCUCAUCUCAUUAUUUCACUUCUGCACCACCUACUUCUCAUUGCACCCAAAUGGGUGAAAAACUCCAGAUCCGUUUUGCUGCUGCGAGCAUAGCCAUAUUGCAUUACACUGUGAUAUGGUAUAGGAUCAGACUUUUUAUGUUACUGUUAUACGAUGAUGUUACCACAAAUGUACAUGUGUGAGAAGCUGGGAGUAUUAUUUUGUCAUUGCAAACAGGUAUCAUGGAGAAAUAUUUAAAUUAUUUUUAAUCAGUUGUUGUACAGAAUGUGCAUAUAAUACGUGUGAAUACAUCAAAUAUGCUGUAAAGCAGACUGAUUGUUUGGAUUAUUACACUGCACUCUUUCUGUGCUUAAGAAAACACUCGCACCUUUUUAACGCAAGUGGAUUUGGGGUUAGGUCCUGACCUUCCUGAACUCAUCACUCAAUGCAGAACCUAAAAUCAUUCUGUGCUGACGAGUCUUUACAUAUAAAUUAUAUAAUUUUGUGGUUAGAAAAAAGGUCCUGUUAAAACUGCUGGAAUUCUGCUGACCUCUGUAAGUUGUCUUAGGUUGCAUGUUCUCCAUGUGUAUAUUUUGGUUUCCUCCGGGUUCUCUAGUUUCCUCCUGCCUCAAAGAAACAUGAUGGUGGGUGCACUGGCUAUACUAGGUGAUUUCUGUGUGUGUCUACGUGUGUGUGCGUGUGUGUGUGAUGCAGUGGUGGCACCCCAUCCUUGGUGUAUUUCCAUCUCUUGCGCACUGUUCCAGGGAUAGAUUCUGGAUCCAACGCGACCCUGACCAGGAAAAAGAGAUUCUAAUGUCACGCCACUCAGGUACGCACAGUCUGACCGCUCUGUACAGCCUGAUUUGGAGCUGAUUUAGGCUUGUGUAGAUCUAACUGAAUCAGACCAGAAGGCCUUAUUAAUUUACACCUUUAACUCCAAGGGCUGACUUUUUCUGUGAGACUGAACACAAAUCAGUGAUGAUAAUUUCACAUUAAGUCUUGCUGGUGUUCCACAAAUCAUUUUAGUGGUUAAUAAAGCAGCUCAGAGCCGGAUACACUGAGCAGAUGGUAACACAAGUGGUAAAAAAAAUGUGACACGACUCAGUUCCAUGGAACAGAGAUGAAAUUGCAAACACAGUAAAAUGUCAUUGUUAACUGUCAGCAGGUCCAUUUUAUAGUAGAGUUUAUAGGAGACC